GUUUUAUUAUUGUGAUCUUUUAAUUGAUUUUAUAACAUAAUGAGAGAAUAUCACAAAGUAUGGAAAUUAUUAGCUAUAAUGUCUGUACUAAGUACUUUCAUACAAUAUGGUGAAAGUGUAAGGUGCUACCAGUGUGCCUCAAGUGAUGACCCUGAUGGUGAAGAUAAUUGUGGUGCUUAUAAAAAAUUUGUUAAAGAGGAACAUAUUCCUAUAGAAUGCAACAGUGAUGAAUCUCACUCACCAGGAUCUUUUUGUAUGAAAAUUACACAACAAGGACCCAAAGGAUUCAUAUGGGAUGGACGCUGGCGUCAAGUUAUUAGACGAUGUGCAUCUGUAGCAGAUACUGGUGUGACAGGAGUUUGCAACUGGGGUGUUUAUGAAAAUGGUGUAUAUUGGGAAGAAUGUUAUUGUUCUUCAGAUUCCUGCAAUGGUUCCUCUACACUCUUUAAUCAUAAACAAAUCUACAUGGCAUUAUUUAUUGUAUUACUACUGGUAAUUAGAACAUAAUCCUGAGCAUGUUGCGGAAAAUAAUUGGAGGAGUAUGAAAAUCAUUUUAAAUAUUGUAUAGAUCGAUAUUUAUUGUCCAUUUCAUUUGCAAAAUUUUUAAUUGACAAGAAAAUUGUAGGAGUUGCAUCAUUAAGUAUUUGGUGUAAAUAUGAUUUUAAGAUAAGAUUUAUUACCAGGACUAAAUUACAAGUAAUUUUCUAGUGGCAACAAUUGGAAAUCGGUAAGAAUCUAUUUUUCAAAAUAAAGUUAAAUCCACCAUGUGAUUGAUCGAAUUCUGUAACUUCUGGUAACUAAUUCAAGAUUUAUUUUCUUGUUACUUGCACAUAAGUGGGAUGCAUUUAGGUUGGUAAUAUUCUAGUUUUUCUUUCAUUGAUUUUAGCAGCUUCUGUUUUAAAAUUGUUAGAUUAAACCAAAGUGUUCAAAUUAUUAAUCUAAUUCCUAGUGAUAAUACU